UACAGGCGGGGGUAAGAUGGCGGUAGCGCGGCUGGCGCUGAACUUGGGGGAAGUGGAGCGGCUGGACUUCCUGAAAGAACGGCAUGUGUAUUUUUUCCAGCGUUGUCUCCAGAUCUUGCCUGAGCGGUACUCAUUCCUGGAAACCAGCAGGUUGACAAUUGCAUUUUUCGCACUCUCUGGUCUGGAUAUGUUGGAUUCCUUAGAUGUGGUGAACAAAGAUGAUAUAAUAGAAUGGAUUUAUUCCCUGCAGGUCCUUCCCACAGAAGACAGCUCGAAUUUGAAUCGCUGUGGAUUCAGAGGCUCUUCAUAUUUAGGGAUGCCAUUCAAUCCAUCCAAGGGUCCUGGUAUGUUUCAUCCCUAUGAUAGUGGGCACAUAGCAAUGACUUACACGGGUCUCUCAUGUCUGGUUAUUCUUGGAGAUGAUUUAAGUCGAGUAAAUAAAGACGCUUUACUGGCAGGACUGAGAGCUCUCCAGCUGGAGGAUGGAAGUUUCUGUGCUGUGCUGGAAGGUAGCGAGAAUGAUAUGAGGUUUGUGUACUGUGCUUCCUGCAUCUGCUACAUGCUUGAUAACUGGUCGGGCAUGGAUACAAAAAAAGCAGUAGACUACAUUAGAAGAAGUAUGUCUUAUGAUAAUGGCCUGGCACAAGGAGCUGGACUGGAAUCUCAUGGUGGCUCUACAUUUUGUGGCAUUGCAUCACUGUGUUUGAUGGGUAAACUGGAGGAAGUUUUUUCAGAAAAAGAACUGAACAGGAUAAGAAGAUGGUGUAUAAUGAGACAGCAAAAUGGCUACCAUGGACGACCCAACAAACCUGUAGACACCUGCUAUUCCUUUUGGGUGGGAGCAACUUUGAAGCUCUUGAACAUAUUCCAAUAUACGAAUUUUGAGAGAAACCGGAAUUACAUUCUGUCAACUCAAGAUCAUCUUGUUGGUGGAUUUGCCAAGUGGCCAGAUAGCCAUCCAGAUGCUUUACAUGCCUACUUUGGGAUUUGUGGCUUGUCAUUAAUUGGAGAAACUGGUAUUUGCAAAGUUCAUCCUGCCCUGAAUAUAAGCACAAGAACUUCAGAUCACCUUCACCAUCUCCAUCAGAUCUGGAAAACAAGGACUCUAAAAGAGUAUUCAGGUGACACACGCAUCUCUACAUGAAUGAUUUAGGCUUUAUUUUAGUUCUGAUAGCAUAAUUGUAUCCCAAGUUUAAAAGCCAUGUAUAACCAGUGUGCUCUUUUAAGUGCUGAAGUCAUACAAUCAGAUCUGUAUUGAUGGAAUCAUUUUCAUAGGUAAUUGCCUCCAGUUAUUCUGUACUGGUUAAAAAGGAAAUAUUUAGGAUAUAUAGAAGUUUGUCACUACAGAUGGUAAAUAGAUCUGCAAAUGGCUUUCCUUCUAAGAAAUACCUUGAGGCAAUUGAAUUGAAUUUUUUAU